AUGUCCUGCAUACAACUCAAAGCUACACUCUUAAAGUUCAGCAAUAAAUGUGCUGAAACCCUUGGAUUAAAAUCAAAAACUCCCAAACCUUUAUCUAUAAGUGCACCCUUCAAUUUUCAAGAAGGCCCAGCAGUCAAUCUCCCCGGUUAUUCCGAGGAUGAAAUAUCACUCAUGAAAGAGAAAGCUAUUGCGUCAACAGCCGUCGUUUCAGAUAAUCACUAUGCGAACUUGAAUCGAUGUUACGAUUCAGAUAUCUCGGAAUCACAUUCGAGGACGGGAUCUCAUGGGUGUGGGAUUGGGAGGAGUGUGGUUUAUCAUGCGAGGAGAGCUAGUAGAGGGUGUAUGCAUGGGAACUGA